UCGGCUUGACCGGUAGUGUCCGAGCCGGAGCUUGGUGGCGGUGGCGUCAGAGCUUAGGAGGGCGGGCGUGCGGGGUCCGGGGUCCCUGCGACCUAGGGCUUCGAGCCUCGCGGGCGGCGGUUGCUGUUUGGCAGGCCUGUCCUAGGAUGGGCGGUCAGAGUAGGGGCGGUUGACUGGCAGGGACGGUCGUCCCGGGCUGCCAGCUAGCCUUAGUAUUUACUCCCUGGCCCCCAAUGUCCGAAACACACCGACUCACUCGGGCUGGUAGGUGGCCCGAGAGAGCUUGAGGUGGCAUACCUACUUACUUUUGGUUAGGGUAGCUUGUACCCUGUGAUUUGUGAAGUCUCAAUGGGCGUUGCAGUUGGAGAUCGCCCACGUUGGCUCUGGGAAAUCCCGUGAGGCCCUGUUUAAAGGUACUUUGCGACUCUUCUGUGGCAGAAAAGAGACCAGAGAAGUUGGCUCCACAAGUGUGGAUCUCCUGCUGCUUAGCUUCCGGGAUCACCAUCUCCCCCUGGAGCAGGUCUUCUGUGGGUUGAAAUGUCUAUGAUUUUAUCUGCCUCAGUCAUUCGUGUCAGGGAUGGACUACCGCUGUCUGCAUCUACUGAUUAUGAGCAGAGCACAGGAAUGCAGGAGUGCAGAAAGUACUUUAAGAUGCUUUCCAGGAAACUUGCUCAGCUUCCAGAUAGAUGUACACUGAAAACUGGACACUAUAACAUUAAUUUUAUUAGCUCUCUGGGAGUGAGCUACAUGAUGUUGUGCAGUGAGAAUUAUCCAAAUGUUCUCGCCUUCUCUUUCCUGGAUGAGCUUCAGAAGGAGUUCAUUACUACUUAUAACAUGAUGAAGACAAAUACUGCUGUCAGACCAUACUGUUUCAUUGAAUUUGAUAACUUCAUUCAGAGGACCAAGCAGCGAUAUAAUAAUCCCAGGUCUCUUUCAACAAAGAUAAAUCUGUCUGACAUGCAGAUGGAAAUCAAGCUGAGGCCCCCUUAUCAAAUCCCAAUGUAUGAGCUGGGAUCAGCCAAUGGAGUCACAUCUGCAUUUUCUGUUGACUAUAAAGGUGCUGGUAAGAUUUCUUCCGCCCAUCAGCGACUAGAACCAGCAACUCUGUCAGGGAUUGUGGCGUUUAUCCUUAGUCUUUUAUGUGGAGCCCUGAAUUUAAUUCGAGGCUUUCAUGCCAUAGAAAGCCUCCUGCAGAGUGAUGGUGAGGAUCUUAAUUACAUUAUUGCAUUUUUCCUCGGGACAGCAGCCUGCCUUUACCAGUGUUACUUACUUGUGUACUACACCAGCUGGCGGAAUGUCAAGUCAUUUCUGACUUUCGGCUUAAUCUGUCUGUGCAACAUGUAUCUCUACGAACUGCGCAACCUCUGGCAGCUUUUCUUUCAUGUGACUGUGGGAGCGUUUGUUACACUGCAGAUCUGGCUGAGGCAAGCCCAAGGCAAGGCUCCUGACCACGACGUCUGACAUCUCCCUUCAGAUGGUUGCCUUUGCCUUCAGGGGAAGAAGGGGAGGACGGAAUUAGCUGCUGCUGUGAUGAAGAAACCAGUCACCAUGUGGGAGAAGCUCUGCUUUCUUUCUCUGCCCGGCUUCCCCUUUUGUUUUACAAAUCAGCCUGGCACGCCUGGUAAGAAAACUCCCACAAGAAUCCUGCAGUGGACUGUCAGGCGCAUCACAGUAGAAGAAGUUCAGCAUCACUUGAAGACCUGGCAGGCAGUGCUGAAUCCUCACUCUAGAGUUAAGCAAAGCUUAGUCAUGGGAGGACCAAGCAGAAAUGCUACAACCUGAGUUUGCCUUUGUGAGGCGUUAGAAUAGACCGAUGAAGAAGAUGCUGCAGGAAUUGGAAAGCUACGAUCUAAAACAGCGACUGUACUAAGUAUCAGAUUAUUUGCACAGUUGUAGUAUCAAGAGUUUAUGAAGCCUAGAAUGGCAUGAAAUUGGUUUUUUUACUUUUCUGUUUCUGCCACCUUUUAACUCUGGAGAUCACCUGGUGUGGGAGAGGGCUGUGAUGUACAUCUCUACAGUAUCACAGGUCCUGACAACACAGUGAUAUGUGUUUUCUUUCUAGACCAUGUUUAUCAUUUCUUUUGAAAUCGCUAAAAAUACACAAUUCAUUUGACUAU